CAAGCUCCUUUCCCUUUGUCUGAGAUCUGGUUUGCUCAGGAGACUGAAAACUUUGCCUCAGCAGCUUCGUCUUAUUUAGAUCAGUUUUUAUUUCAGCGACAUUUCACUUAGAGAAAUUAAAAUGCCAUCUCAUAUAAUGCUCUCUUACCAGUGGGACGACCAGGCUCUUGUGAAAAAGGUCUACAGCCGCCUCAAAGACGAUGGGCUACCUGUGUGGAUGGACAUAGAAGGAGGGAUAACAGGAAACAUCAACGACGCGAUGGCUGCAGGUGUGGAGGACGACGCAGUGAUUUGUCCUUUCAUGACUCCAGAAUACCAGGCUUCACGCAGCUGUAAGAAGGAGCUGAACUACGCAGAAAGCAGGGAGGCCAUCAUCGUACCAGUGAUGUUGGCUGAGAACUGGGAGGCCAGUGAGUGGCUGGGUCUGAUCACUGCAGGCCUGCUGUGGGUGGACUUCAGAAAUGCAGAGCGGGAGGAAGAGAACUUUGAGAUGUGUGUCAAAUCUUUGGAGGAGGAGAUCAUGUUCAACGCCGGUCACCUCCUGACGGUGGAUGAGCCUCCCAGAGAAGAGGUGGACCAGGCAGAACCACCAAAAAUCUGUCUGAAAAAGAAACCAGGCCGAAGUUUUCGCCAUGCCCUCUCACAGCUCUACAUCCAUGAGUCAGAUGAGCAGUUAAUCCACCCAACUACCGACAGCAGAAACUCAGUGGAGCUCAGUGACACGCGUGGAGAUCAGUGUUACUGGGAGGAGAUUAAAGGCAGCGGCUGUAAAUACUACAGGAAUGUUGUCACCAACAGGUUCCUCGGUAAGAAGAGAAAUACACCUUCACCCAACAGAAUAAACAAUAACUGGUUUGACUCAAACAGAAACCAGAUCCACUCUGAGGCCAGUCCCUCUGUCUCCGAAGAGUGGCUACUUCUGGUGGACCAGACGGACCAGAGCCAUAAGAGAGCUGUCGUCAUCAAGAACAAACGCACAGGGAGGUUCCUGGCAGUUCAAAAUGGCCGCUUCACUGGACUGACGUCCUACAACGAAGACUGCAAGUGGUUUUUAGAAUGA